CGAGCUUAUCUGCAAGCUGGAGCGAGGAGAGACGCCGUGCGUUCCAGACCCCCCCGGGGAGCAGCGGAGGCACCGCAGCCCCGUGCCGGGCGGGUCCCGGGGGUCCGUGGCAGCGGUGGGUUGUUCCAUCAGCAGAAGCUGGGGAGACUCAUCCCAAAGCCAGCUCAGAGGGACCUCGGCGGACCUCUCAGGACAACCUCAGCUCUCCCCCAUGAUACCCCCCCAGCCUUUGCAGAAGCCGCUCCCCACGUGUCCUGAGUGCAACAAGAGCUUCAGCACCCGGACUGCAUUGGCCAUCCACGAGCGGAGCCACACGGGCGAGCGCCCCUUCACCUGCCCUGAAUGCGGCAAGAACUUCAUCCAGAAACAACACUUGGUCAAGCACCAGCGCAUCCACACCGGCGAGCGCCCCUUUGCCUGCAGCCACUGCAAUCACUGCUUCAGCCAAAAGCAACAAUUGGUUAUCCACCAGCGCAUCCACACUGGCGAGCGUCCCUUCACUUGUCCCAAUUGUAACCACCGCUUCAGCCGGAAGGAGCAUCUGGUCACACACCAGCGCAUCCACACUGGCGAGCGACCCUUCACCUGCUCCGACUGCGGCAAGAGCUUCAGACGCAAGAGUGACCUUGUCAUCCACCAGCGCAUCCACACGGGUGAGCGACCCUUCAUCUGCACUGACUGUGGGAGGAGCUUCAGAGAAAAGAGGGUUCUGAUCAAGCACCAGCGCAUCCACUCCACUGAGCCCCCUUCGCUGCUCCAACUGUGACAAGAACUUCAUCUGGAAGUGUGAUCUGACAAAUCACCGGUGUGUACACACUGCUGAGCGCUUCUUUGCCUGCGUCCACGGUUACCACCACUUCAGCCCUCACCUCCACUCUGGCCCAGCCCCCUGGUUGCUGGAGAAGACCCCCUCCAUGUUCCCUGAGUGCAAGAAGAGCUUUAGGAACCAGACUGCACUGGCCAUCCAUGAACAGAGCCACACGGGUGAGUGGCCCUUCACCUGCUCCAGGUGUAGCAAGAGCUUCCUCCAGAAGGACUCCCUGAUCAACCACCAGCGCAUCCACACAGAUGAGUGCCCCUUUGCCUUUGUUGACUGUGGGAAGAGCUUUAGCAACACCAUCUCCCUUCUCAAGUGUAAGUGAAUCCACAGUGGUGAGAAGCCCUUUUCCUGUGUCAACUGCAGCAAGAGCUUCAGCCAGAAGGGUGCCCUGAUCAAGCACCAGCGCAUCCACACCGGCGAGAAACCCUACAAGUGUGAUGAUUGCAGCGAGGCCUACAGCCAGAAGUCUGAUCUGAAGAAACACCAGCGGCUGCACCAGGGCCCACAGGGUGACUGCCUUGGCAGCCCGAUGGCCUCUGAAGCUGAUGCUGAGGG